GGGCCGAGCGCGCUGCUUGUACACCGCCAGCACGGACACCGUCAGCCGCCACCACUCACCCACCGCCUCAGACGCUGCAGCCUGGGAGGACUCGGUGACCUGUGCAUGCAGAACUGCGGAGACACCGUGUCAGACCCCCGUGACGUCAGGCCGGAGGACAGGUUAGAACUGCCAGUGCAACAGGAUGGAGGACAAGGAGACACAAGAAGGUCCCCAAAGCUGCACUUGUCUUAACUUGGGUAGCUGUGAUCAUACUCAGGGGUACAGCUUCCCUAGCGCCCAGGCCCUGUCCAAGCCCGAGAUGGAGUCUGCCCCAGCCUCAGGACAUGGGCCGCUGCCAGCCACGCCACCCGAGACAGCGUGGGACAGGAGCAUUGUCGCCCCCAGCAGGCUUGCAGCCUGGUGGCCCAGAGCACACUGGCUUAGAAGGACCCACGCAGCUCUGCAGGGACUCAAGGCCACUUGUCCACCCCUCUCCACCUUCUAUCUCUUUUUUGUGAUAUUUGUUUUGUCCACCAUUUUCUACUGCCACCGGCGCCUGGCUCUGGUGCCUGCACCCUGGGCCUCUUCAGCCAUUGUGGUCUUAGCCCCAAGAAACUUGCCCCAGGAGGGCAUGUUCACCAUCAAUUCCAUUGGCCGCCUGGGGAACCAGAUGGGCGAGUAUGCCACGCUGUUCGCACUGGCCAGGAUGAACGGAAGGCCCGCUUUCAUCCCCGCAUCCAUGCACAGCGCCCUGGCGCCCAUCUUCAGGAUCAGCCUCCCGGUGCUGCACAGCGACACCGCCAGCAAGAUCCCGUGGCAGAACUAUCACCUCAACGACUGGAUGGAGGAGCGGUACCGCCACAUCCCGGGACGCUAUGUGCGCCUCACGGGGUACCCGUGCUCCUGGACCUUCUACCACCACCUGCGCCCUGAGAUCCUGCAGGAGUUCACCCUGCACGACCACGUGCGUGAGGAGGCCCAGGCCUUCCUGCGUGGCCUGCGGGUGAACGGGCGGCAGCCGGGUACGUUUGUGGGCGUCCAUGUGCGCCGGGGGGACUAUGUGCAUAUCAUGCCCAAUGUGUGGAAGGGCGUGGUGGCUGACCGGGGCUACUUGGAACAGGCGCUGGACAGGUUCCGGGCGCGCUAUCCCUCUCCAGUCUUUGUGGUCACAAGCAAUGGGAUGGCCUGGUGCAAGGAGAACAUCAAUGCCUCCCGAGGGGAUGUGGUGUUCGCUGGCAAUGGCCUUCAAGGGUCACCUGCCAGGGACAUGUCACUGCUCUUGCAGUGUAACCACACUGUCAUCACCGUGGGCACCUUUGGGAUUUGGGCUGCCUACCUCACAGGCGGGGACACUGUUUACCUGGCUAACUUCACUCAGCCCAGCUCCCCCUUCAACAUGAUUUUCAAGCCGCGAGCAACCUACCUGCCCAAUUGGGUAGGCAUUGCUGCUGACCUGGGCCAGGCCCAACGCAGGAACCUCUAGCCACCUUCAGUCUGCCCCCAGAGGCACUGGAGACUUGCUGCUGUGCACAUACUCGGGACCCCAUCCCCAUGCAGUUCCAGGACAGCCUUACAUGUUGCAGCUGAGUGAUCUCAGGGCAGUGAUGUCACCCUGAAAAUGUGAGCACAGUCUGGGUUCUCAGCAGCAGCACGCACAGGUGACUCGAGUCCUCUAUCUCCAGAGGGAGUUGGCCACCACAGCCUCCUGCCGUGUCCAGGCUUUCACGUGGAGGGCAGCGUCUUAGCCAGGGUUCCCAUGGCUGUGAUAAAGCACCAUGACAGGGAACAGCUUGGGGAGGAAGGUGCCUGUAUCAGCCUGUGCUCCCCAUCCCUGAGGGGUCAGAGCAGGAGCUCAAACGAAGGACCCUGAGGCAGGAGCUGACACAGAGGCCAUGCAGGAGUGCCUUAUAUGACCCAGGACCUCCUGCCCAGGGUGGCGCCACCCAGGAACUGGCCUUCCUGCAUCAGUGGAGAAAAUGCCCGGCAAACCCGGUGCGGACAGUUUUUCUCUCUCCCAGAAAGCCUCGAGCUUUGUCAGGUGACAUGAGAGGAGUCAGCAGAGACAGCCUUGUUUCCCUUCCUGCAUCACCAACUGGUAGGCAGGGUCCUGGGCGGUGUUUGGUGAUAGCACAGCCCCUGUCCUGCUGUUAUGGGGACAUGCAUUUCUGGCAGCUGGGAGCUUGGGCUUUGGGAUAGUGGCCUUAUCAGAGAAGGGAAGGGAAGCUGAAGGGAUAGGUCUGACGAAAGUGCCAGGGUGGUGGGCACCUGUUGUGGGAUAUUUGAUCACAUUGUGAACCUCAAGUUUGAAUUUGCAUUAAUUAAAUAAGAUCAACCUUAGCUCAGGGGGCAGAGUCAGCAACUAGUUGACUGGAAUUAGCCAUAGAGUCCAGAGGAGCCGGGAACAUGGAUAGAGAGGCGCACAAGAAGGAAGAGGUGGGGCCAGAGUCUCUGUUGCCUUUGGUUAGGACAAGCAGAGGGCCGUAUCUAAGAAGGGUCAGCUGGCUGCUGCUUGGCCUCGGAUCUAGCAGGGUUCACCUCCACAUCUGCCCUCCAGGUCUUUGCUGGUAAAUAGAACCAUAGAGACAGCCGGGCGCUGGUGGCACACGCUUUUAAUCGCAGCAAUCGGGAGGCAGAGGCAGGAGGAUCUCAGUGAGUUCGAGGACAGCCUGGUCUAUUAAAUAAGUUCUAGGACAGCCAGAACUGUUACACAGAGAAACUGUGUCUUGAAAAAAUUAAACAAUAGUUUUAAAUCUAUAUUUCCUUCCAGGCUAUGCUCUGAGUGGUCUGCAGGGCGCUGACUACAGGGCUGUGGGGUCAUGGAUGAUAAUUCAAAUAUCAGUAUUUUCACACGCAGCCACUACACUGGCAGAAAAACAUCAGACAGCCUCCUCCAGCGGUGGAGAGGCAAUCGUAAAGGUACACCAUGGUCAGCAGGCCCAGGAUGGUGCAUGCAGCCAACACUCCAGAGCACAGCUAUCCAGAAAGCCUGACCCGGGCCAGGGGCUGAGGCUGCUCACUGAAGCCCUGCUGGAACUGCUGGGUCAUCAUGGUCUGCUUUCUGUUGCUGUCACCAGAUCUCAGAAUGUGGCACCAAUAUCUGCCUCAUACUGGGACACUAGGUGUAGUGCAAAAAAAGAGUUGUAGCCUCAGACUCUUGUAAAGCCACCACCCCACCCCAGCCCAAACCCAUAACUGAUUUAUAAUCAGCAUCCAGCCUGUGCCCUCAGGACAGUCAAGCCAUAGCAUGGACAGCUGGGUGAGCUGCCAGUAUGUAUAAGUGUCCUUCCUACACGGAUGUCUGUAUCCUGUACGUGUCUGGUGCCCAUGGAGGCCAGAAGAGGGCAUUGAAUCCCCUGGAACUGCAGUGUAGAUGAUUGUGAGCUGCCAUAUAGGUGCUUGGAAUUGAACACAGGCCCUCCAGAAGAGCGAUCAGAGCUCUUAACUUCUGAGCCAUCUCUCAGCCCCUUAGUACACAUUUUCUUUGUGAUACAGGUCUACCAAUGAAGCCCUGGCUGACCCCUCCCGUCUCAGCCUUUGUGUGUUGGGUGGGACACAUUUGCAUCCCACUCUGUGGGCAUAGAGGGCUCCCGGCAGGGAAUGGGGACUGGGCCUGCAUGGACCGCUCCAGGGUACUCAACACCGCUGCCAAUGCCAAGGCUGAUGCCCACCGCUAGGGAAAAAUGGUGGCUUGGUCCCCCAGAAAGACCUAAGAAUUGACGUCUUACAUGCCUGGCCUCAGGGGUCUGCUCUGUGCGUUUUCUCCAGCCACAUGGUGUCCAGCAGAACAUCUGAUGGAGGGAGGGCUUGUGGAUGAGCUGGCUGCAGGGGUGGGGGUGGGGGUGUGCACCAGAAGCCCCACAGGCUGGGCCAUCUGCAAGUGGCACAUCAGUGGACCAGGGUCUCAGUGUGGCCGUAGCACACCCGACCAGCAGAAUGCCCUGGAGGGCUGAGGUGAAGGUGAGACCAGGCUGCUUCCUGUGCUGGUGACAGAGGGUCGGUGUCCCAGCCAUAUGCGGCCAUGUUCAUCUGUGUCUGUCUAUAUCCCCUCCUCUUUUGAGGGGAGGAGGGGCGUAUUUCAAGACAGGGUUUCUCUGUGUAUCUUUGGCUGUCCUGGAACUUGCCCUGUAGACCAGGCAGGCCUUGAAUGCAGCAAUCCACCUGCCUCUGCCUACCAAGCACUGGGAUUAAAGCUGUGCGCCACCACGCCCAGCUGUGGCACAGGCUAGUCUUGAACUCAAGGUAAACCUCCUGCCUCAACCUUCUGAGUGCCAAGAUUGCAGCCAAACCCAACCCACCUGGUCUCCACAUUUCAUCUUGUAGAGACUGCAGUCACGCAGGGCCAGAAGGACACGUGACACCAGCGCUCGCACUGCUCUGACUUCACUUUUAAUUGCAUCUACACAUUUUGUGUGUGUCUGGGAAGAGGAUUUAAGACAGAAACUUCUGUGGAGACGACAGUCAGUGUAUAAUGCUGGCUCCUCGGAACCUUGGGGCCUGCCUUCCCUGACUCAGAUUGCUAACCCCCUGCCCUCAGAACUACAACUCCCCGUUCCCAGAGACUUCUGUGAGAGCCUCCAGCAGGGUGCAGGGGCCCUCGGGGAAGCACAGUCCCCUCUCCCACUCACCUGUGAUCCCCAUGCUCCAGCUCUUCACCCCCAAACCACCUCCCUAGUUUUCUCUGUAGCCACAGCCCGUGGCUUCCUGUUGGGCUGAGUUGAUGGGGUCUAGUUCAGAGCUGGAGAGAGAGAACUUGUAGCAUUUACCUUGCCAGGGACAGUACGGCUGUUCCCAUGAGCUAGCUAUACUGAGGAAAUCACCUCAUGUUCCUCAUAGUGAGACUGUCUCAAAAUAGAAAAAAAAAAAAAAAGACAGAGAAAUGAAGGAGGAGCCAGAGAGGAAGGGGAAGGAAAUUGGGGCGGUAAUUUAAAUCCCUGGUUCACAUUACCCUCACUAACUUGCCAGUACAAAGGGUGUGGACACAGGACAUUUACAGCACACUAGCCUGGAGAACAAAGCCUCAGCCACCACAGCCCCUGGCUGGGACCGAUCCCUGUUCCCUGCUCUGGCCCCCACAUCAGGCCUGGUGGGGACAGAUGGAGACUCUCCUAGGAGGUAAUUUGAUGGCAACGGGAGCCCUGUGAUGAAGGCACCCUGCCCAGCUCUGUGUUUGCUUGGCCUGGCUUGAACAAAGAUACAAACAGCUUUUACUUCACAAAAGCCCAAGCAGGGGCUGGUAAUCUGCCAAUGACAAUAAAUGCCACAUUCAUCCAGCAAAUAUUUACCCAGCUCUUAAAUGGGUCGAAGACAGCCCAGUCCCUCAGCAGGGGAGAGGAAGGAAACCACUGAGCCGGCGGGCGCUGCCUAAGCUAAAGGUGACCCAGCCUGGUGUCCACUCCUCAAACGCCUGUGACGACAUCCUUACCUGAAAGUAGUGCCACUGGUUAUGAUGAAGUGACCCUUGACCCAUCAGAACCACUGACCACAGAGACUUGGAGAGUAAAGACUGCAUAUGGCAGCCGGGCGUUGGUGGCGCACGCCUUUAAUCCCAGCACUCGGGAGGCAGAGGCAGGUGGAUCUCUGUGAGUUCCAGGACAGCCUCCAAAGCCACAGAGAAACCGUGUCUCGAAAAACAAAAAACAAAAAACAAAAAAAAAAAAAGACUGCCUAUGGCAGACACCCACUCCUAAGAGUCAAUCGUGUUCUGCACCCCUGAGUGUCCAGCUCACCUUACCCCAACCUGUCACGCAGGCCCCGAAGAAAAACAUGCUGAGCACGCACCAAAUGAAUGAUAUGCACACUGAGUAAGAGCCUUUUGUGCCCUGGCUGACAUGCUGCAUGGAGUGUCCACCAUGUGCUUAGCUCUCAGAGGCCUUGGCUUCCAUCCUCAGCAACACACACACACACACACCAAAGGUUAACUUCCUGUUGACCUUGGCUGAGGCCUGCCUUCCCGUUAGUAUGUGAUAUAAAUGAUAUGAAGGGAAUAUUGAGUGAGUCAGGCAGGGUGUGACCCUAGCUGUACCAGGAAGCUGGGCAGGUUCUGCCAAGAAGGACCCAAGAACUUUUGCUUAUGUGUAAUUGAUCUCAGCUUUUGGGCUCAUGGAGGUCAGGAUGUGAGCUUUCUGAAAGAAAUUGCUGAGCGGUGGUGGCGCCCGCCCUUAAAACACCAGGAUUUGGGAGGGAGAGGCAGGUGGAGCUUUGUGAGUUCAAGGUCAGCGUGGUCUAUGGAGAGAGUGCCAGGACAGCCAAGACUACACAGAGAAACCUGUCUGAAAAAACUAAAAAAGGAAGAAGAAAAAAGAUGCUGUCUAGCUGUCGCUGCAUCUGAGCUGAGCCCCGUCCGGGCGGGGCCUGCCUGCUAGCUCAUUCUGAGUGUUGAGCUCAAUCAGAGCAGGCUCGAGGUUGAACAGCCCUCUUCGUCCGCUUCAUUCUUACAGAAAAGCAGAGCUUGUGGGGUUUGACCCCUGUAAUGCACAUGCUCCUGAGUGACACCAUGCAGUGCAAGGCUCUGCAUUCCAGCUGUUAUGUCCGACUGCGCCCUUAUUAGCCGUGUGCUUCUAGAGAAAUGACUGCGCCCAGGAGCAUGAAAAUGACCCAGGCAAAGAGACAAAAAUCAAAUGACAUGUCCAGUAGAGAGUCAUAGAGAUAGAAAGUUAUGUGGGCGCCAGGGGCCGAGAAUAGAUAGGGAAGGAGUUGUUUCAUGGGCACACAGGUUUAACAAGACAAGGUAGUUGUAGAGAGUUGCUUGCACACCGCUCAGAAAAUCAUACCUGGUGGAUCAUGCCUGCAAUCUCAGCAGAAGUGGGAGAAUUCCCAAGAGCUCAAGGACUAAAAAGUGUCGCCUGGGCUGAUGACGUGGCUCAGUCCGCGGGAAAAGGUGUUUGAUAACCUGUGCUUACUUCCCCGGGUCCUUACGGCAACAGGAGAGAGCCUCGUCCCCCAAGCUGUCCUCUGACCUCCUCUCAUACACCAUAUGAUGUACACGCUCCCCAUCCCCCCCCUACACACAACAUAAAAAAGAAGUGAGACGCUUCAAGAGAAGAAAACAUGUCUAAGAUCCGCAACAGUCAGAAAAUACAGAGAGGGUUCAGAAUUUGAACCCCACCUCUGCUGUUUACUGACUUUAGGCAAUUGAUACCUUUCUCUGAGACUCAGUUUCCUUCUCUGUCCACUAAGGAUGGUGCCAGGCAAUGGCAUUUUGUGUGAUUUCAGUGGGCUGAGUUGAUUGGUUCUGUCUUCCAGUCACUAUGUGGCCUGGACCACAUGGUGACCAUGGCUGCUUGACAGAAUUCCAGCAUUUCAACUUUGCGGAUCAUAAUCCUCCAGCACCCUUUACUUUCAUUUUUAUUUUAUUUUUUAAAAAUAAUUUACUUUUAUUUUAUGUGCAUCCAUGUUUUGUCCGUGUGAAGGUGUAAGAUCCCCUGAAACGGAAGUUACAGGCAGAUAUCUGCCAUGUGGUUGCUAGGAAUUGAACCAGGUUCCUCUGGAAGAGCAGCUGCAAGGAAAGACAUCCUGACUUGUCGGAAGUCGGGCUAUACCUGGAGCUGCAGAGGGACAAUUCUGGACGCUGGAGCUGCAUUAGGACAGCUCUGGAGGGAAAGGUAUCCUGGCUUGUCAGGAGGUCAGGCCAUACCUGAAGCUGGGGUGCGGUGGGGGAUGGCCUCCCUGCAGACUGUAGCAAUCCUGCUGCUCUCCUAGAGAGAGCUAUUACAGCUGAGCUCUGCUGGGUUCUCCUAAGGGAACUUCCUAGCAGAGCUAACCCUUUCUUCUGUUCUGCUCACCUCCCGCCCUAGAUGCUACUUCUUCUACUUCACUCUGUUAAAGCGCAAACCCCUACAGUGGUAUAGCAAUCUCCUCUGGCUCCUUUGAAAAGUGGGGCAGGAUGGGGGGAGUGGGGGGCUAAGGGAAUGUCUCAGCAAAGGUUCUUCUGCUUCAUGCUGGCAAAUGAUCUUCACCAAAUUUUUUUCGUUCUAGACAGGGUUUCCCUGUAGCUUUGGAGACUGUUCUGGAACUAGCUCUUGUAGACCAGGCUGGUCUCGAACUCACAGAGAUCCACCUGCCUCUGCCUCCCAAGUGCUGGGAUUAAAGGCAUGCACCACCACCACCCAGCCUGGCAAAAACUCUUUUAAGAAAGAGAUUUAUUAGGGAAGGAGGAAUCCAAGAGAGUGGUUGCCUCUGCUAGGGUGGAAUAGGACAUCCAGCAACUGAGCAGGUAGAGGGGCUUAUAUAGGGCUUCUUAGGGGUGGAGUGUUCCCAGGGAGAAGAUUUCCUGUUCACGGACUGGUUGGUUUUCCUGCUCAGGGAUUGGUUGGUUUUCCUGCUCAGGGAUUGGUUGGUUUUCCUGCUCAGGGAUUGGUUAGUUUCAGUUGAUCAGGGCAGGGUUGCCUCUGGUUUCAGGGCAACUUGUUACAUACCUGCCACUUUGCUAUGCUGCUGCCAUGCCAAGGCUCAGCUGAGUUUUCAGUUUACCCUAAAGCAACACCUGACUCCAGGAAAAGACCAUAAACUGAGACCACCCAGGCACCACACAGGAAUGGACUAUCCAAGGGGAAAGUACCAAAGGAAAUUCUCAACGUUCCAACCAUUGUAGCUAGGAUCUCCUGAUAUCCCUUAGCCCAGCACAUCCAUCCCCUUUCACCAAGACAUCCCUAGACAAAUAUCAACCCUCACCCAACCUCUACUAUUAUAAAAACCCUGCCCCACCCAGCCUGGGUUCUCCAUUCUCAACUGUGUGCCAGGCAGAUGGACGGUCCAGGCUCAAGCUCGAAUAAAGGUUCUUUGCUUUCACAAAUGG